AUGUCGUCGUUUCAGUCGUCGCGGCGGGGACUGCGAUGGCAGUGUGCCAGCGACAGCACCGGAGGCGGUGACGGUGGCGGUGGUAGUGGCGGCAGCGGCGGCGGCACGGAAGUGACAGUGGAAGUAACAGCAGCAGUGACAGCGGUAGUGGCGGCGGCAGUGGCGGUGGCAGUGGCGGCGGCAGUGGCGGCGGCUGUGGCGGCGGCCGUGGCGGCGGCAGUGGCAGCGGCAGGGCGGCGGCAGUGGCGGCGGCAAUGGCGGCGGCAGUGGGGGAGGCAGGGCGGCGGCAGUGGCGGCGACAUUGGUGGCGGCAACAGUGGCGGCAAUGGCAGUGACGGCGGUGAUGGCGAAGAGGCACUAGCGAGAAAAACUCUCAGCAAAAUAUAA